CCGGCACAGUUUUUUUUUUUUAAUGUUUCCCUCCUUUCCUUUUUGGUGCAUUUCUUUCAACGCCAUCAGUCCUAUAGAUAAGCACGCAGAGCCAGAAAGAGAGAGAGAGGGAUGAAAAGAACAAGCUAGGAAGAAAGCAAUGAUAAUGUUUUGUCAUCAUCGUUCUUCCACCAUCACCACCAUGCGCUCUUCGUCUUCUUCUUCUUCUUCUCCUUCUGAACCAUCCUCUCCAUCGCCAUCAUUACACCCACCACCACCAACUCCUUAUUUCUCAUGCUUCUUCUCCUUCAUCAUCAUACCCAAAAGACCAUCAUUACCCUUCUUGGCCUUGUUACCAAGGACCAGAAAAAAGAGGGCCAAGGGAAAAGAAAAAAAAAACAAACAAUAAAGAUCAAGCCCAGCCGGCCCUCCAAACCCAGCUUUAAUCAGCUAAUAUGUAGCUCUAGCUAGCACUCUUUGGUUGCUGCUGCUGAGUUCUCAGUUCUCAUCAGCUCUCAAAUCCCACCUCAUCAUCAUCAUCAUCAAUUGCUACCUAGCUAGUUGAAGAUUUUGAAAGAGAGGAGGACGACUACUCCUUGAUCCGUCCAUCCAUCAUCUCUCUGCGCGCAACAGACAGAUAGAUUAGAUUAGCUGGCUGGCUGGCUGGAGGAAGGCCAGAUUGGUUAAAGCCAAAUCAUCAAAGGGGAAUCAAGCAUCUCGGUCCGAUAUCAACUGUUACUCUUUAUUUCUUUGUUUAUCUACACUCGUAAUACUACUUUGUUUCGAUCUGAUCUGCUGCUUUUUUACUUCCAUAGCUAGAAUCAUCAGUAGUAUACUAGCUAGUUAUAAGUUUCCGCGCUCUUCUGGAAAAGGGUUUGCUGUCUUUAUAUUUCUAUUAAUAUAUUCUGUUUCACUCUUAUCUGUGUAAGUUUCCUCGGUAUGAUCCGCAGCUUCCUGGGUGUAAUAUUAUUGUUUUUUUUGCUUCAUCAAGGAUGGCCGCAGCUUGUUUUUUCUUUGGAGUAGUUAGGCGAGAACGGAUGGAGAGCUGCUAAAGUCUUCAACUUUCAGUUUCUGUCCCUUUCUUUCUUCGCAUUAAUUCAUGUUCUAGCUGUUGUUUUGGGGGUACUCAAAUCUGGGUCUCUUCUUUCUCUCUCGUACUAGCUAGAUCUGUUCAUGAUCCAUCUCUUUCACUAUGAAUGAAUACAAUCAUUAUAUACAGAACCGUAGCUAGUAGUUAAGUUGCUGUUUUUUUCCAGGGCAGAUCUGCAACUUCAUCCAUCUCCAGAGAAAAUAAGCCCUCAGAAUUAACUGAUUAAUCUUUGUAUAUUAAUUAUAUGCAUGCCCAGAUUAGGGUUUUGGAUAUUAGUACUUCUGCUGGAUUUCAUUUUAAUCUUCUCGAGUCAAGAUCAGAGAUCAGAUUACCUUAGUUACCCUAAUUAUAUCAUAAUAAUAAUCUUUGGCCUUACCCCAGCCAAAUAAAGGCGGGUUUCCUUCAAUUAAUUGUCAAGACAAGGAAGACGUAAGUGCCCAUUUAUGCUGUUGUCUUUCCUCUAAUUACCUAGAUAGGUACGCAAAUGCCCUAAUUGCAUGUAUAUAUACGUACGCUUGUGAGGAAAUUAAUUUCUGGUAGCCUGGCCUUCGCCGGCCAUGCUUCAUUGCCAGCAUGCAGUACUAUAUCCAAGUGACAAAUCCCCACAAUUUUAAUUUGGUAAUGUUAGACUUCAAACUAAUGAUUAAAAUACUGUACCGACGGUUCAACCAGCAAAACUUCUUAUCGGAGUCUAAGCUGGUAGGCAGUAUUUAGCGGUUGAACCAUGGUUAAACCACGGUUUUAACAUAAAAUAUCUUAUCGCUGAUGCACGCCACCAUGCAUCGAUGCAUGCCACCAACUUACUUGACAAUCGAGUCCGUAUCGAUCUUCGUAAUCAUUUUUUGCACCAAUCUUGUACAAAUAACUUAUGGCAUAAUAGAUGUUAUUAGUCAUAUAUUAGUACUAGACCAAUAUUUGGAAUUCUAGUUUGAUUGUCAUUUUGAUGUUCAUUGAUCCCGUUACUCUAACCGCGGAUUAAUAACAUGAUUGUUGGUGGAUAUAUAUCCACAAAUCAUUUCAUAACUUAAAAGGAUCUACGAGACACAUGUAUAUGCUAUCUUUAACUUAAACUUGACCUACCAAACAAGCGAUUUCAACCAUUGAACUCUUUUUUAUAUUACCAGGACAUUAUCAUUAGAAACUAAUAAAUUGUUACGAGUAAUCGCAUGGAUCAAUUUUCAAUCCGUAGUUAUAAAGAAGAAGGGAAUGAGGGUCGGGUAUAGUAGGGUUGGUUUGCUGCAAUUUGGGCUAUUCACCCACUAUAUUGCUAGGCCCAAAUCUGUAUAAACGGGCUGGACUCGCUCGCUGCUUGAUAUUUCCCAACAACGAGUGGUGGUGACGCCCUCUGUUGUCAAUAUCAAGAACUCCAAGCAUAAAUAUCACAAAAAUAAAUUCAUAUUCAACAUUGAAAAACAAUAAUCGUAUGCUUGAUCGAAUCAAAUAGCGACACAGUGAAAAAUUCACAUAUAAGGAAAAAGGAAAAUGAAAAGCAAAAAUAAGUAACCAGAACAAGCGCCUGCUGCUACUGUCUCUCCGAGAUUUGAGGUCACUCCAUUUUGUGCUGAGCUGCGAAACUCUUCCGCCAUGGCUCUUCAAGCCGCUUCUUGCAGCUUCGCCGGCGUUUCUUCCUUCGCCUCUCCGCCUACAACAGCUCCCCGUCGUCAUCGCCACCAUGCCCGCACCACCGUAGUUCGCGCCGAAGCUGUGGAUCCCGCUGAUAAGUCGGUCGAGAUAAUGAGGAAGUUCUCGGAGCAGUACGCCCGUAGGUCGGGGACUUACUUCUGCGUGGAUAAGGGAGUCACUGCCGUUGUGAUUAAGGGAUUGGCGGAGCAUAAAGAUUCAUUGGGUGCGCCUUUGUGCCCUUGUAGGCAUUAUGAUGACAAAGCUGCAGAAGCAGGGCAGGGAUUUUGGAACUGUCCUUGUGUCCCCAUGAGAGAGAGGAAGGAGUGCCAUUGCAUGCUUUUUCUCACCCCAGAUAAUGAUUUUGCCGGCAAGGAUCAGGUGAUCACCUUGGACGAAAUCAAGGAAGCAACAGCCAAUUUCUAAUCUGAUUUGCUCAGGGAUAUCGAUAUGUGAGUAAUGUGAAAAAACUGACCACACUUGUCAUUAUAUUGUAUACGAGUAUUGUACUACUGGUUAUGAGAGGAGCAAUGUAGAUUGUAUGGCCACCUAAUGCUUGUAUUCAAUUUCUUCUGCAUCUCAUUCUUUCACCCCCUUUCUUUCGGUUUUGCUCCUGCUGGAAUUGGAUAGGCGCAGUCUGGCAGCCGAGUUCUUGUCCAGUACCAGAAAUGCCAAGUUAUGGUGCCUUUUGCCCUUGGUGGAUGUGAAUAGUUCCUCAGUUUGAUGAGUUCAAACUGAGAAAGGAAAAAUAAGAGAACGACUUCUCUCGCCUCAUUGUACAACAUGAGUUGGAAUACACAAACAUGGACGAAAUUCAAACUUCUGGGCUUGGUUACAUGGAGUUGUCCAUUCUAUACUAUUCAAUACUAGUGCUCCUUGGGUGCAGAUUAGGUGGUUAAACUUGAAAGUUGAGAAAGGUUUAUGUGGGCGGAUUUGUGAUUCAAAUAAAAAGGAAGAUAGUUUUGAGAGACAAAACACAGAAGAAUGAUUUAAGAGAAGUUGCAAUAGAGGAAUAUGAGUAAAGACACUAGGGAGAAUUAAGAUAGAACUUGUCAAAAAACAAGCAAGCCUGAUCUAACAAGAAAUUGUCUGGCCUCUUGGCUAUAUUUUGGUAGCAUCUAUGACCGUUUUCUUAUUGAACUUCUAUUGUUGCACAAUGAAAUUUGUUGUCCAUA